AUGGGCGGCAAAGUUGGAGUCUUCCCCGCCUCCGGUGGCCUCGGAUCAAGCACCGUCAAUCAUUUGACCAAGCUAUACAAAGCUUCAGAGCUCGUCCUCAUCGCGCGCAGCCCCGAAAGACUGACUGAUCUCAGUCAAGCCGGUGCGGUAGUCCGACACGCCGACUACGACGAACCAGCCACAUUGCAGAAUGCAUUCGAUGGAAUCGAAACAUUGUUCCUGAUAUCCUAUGCCUCGUUUGAGAUUGAGCACCGGGUAGUAGCUCAUCGUCGCGCCAUCGAUGCGGCUAUCAAGAGUGGGGUCAAGUACAUAUUCUACUCCUCUCUCGCAUUCGCUGGGGACUCAGACCAUAGCGUAGCCCACGUCAUGGGCGCGCAUCUUGCAACUGAGAAGUACCUUGCGGAGCAGUCGCACUCUGUCGGCUGGACUGCCAUCAGAGAAGGGAUUUACUCGGAAUCCUUCCCCAUUUACACGGCUUGGUUUGACCCAAGCAACCCUGCCGAUGAGAUUACAAUCCCACAUUCCGGAGCCGAGCCUGGUGUUGCAUGGGUCAAGCGGGACGAGUUGGGGGGAGGCCACAGCGAAGCUGAUAGCCUCCUAUACGCGAGACCCAACGGGAUUCAAAUCGGAGACAAACAUACCUACCAUGGAAAGGACUUGUCCCGAGAAUGGUCUACCGCGUGGGAGGCUAUUCAGAAUGGAGAGACCGCGGUUGUUGCACCGGACAUUGUGGAAAUACUUGGGAGAGAACCAGAACCCUAUGAGACUACCAUCAAAGCUCUCAUCGGAUGA